AUAUUGUUAGAAAAUCUUUCUAUUUUGAAUAAAUGCUGUUCUUUUUUUUUUACUUUUUAUUCAUCAAAGAAUCCUGAAGAAGGUAUAACAGGUUCCAAAAAAAUAUUAAGCAGCAAAAACUGCAAUGUUUCCAACACUGAUAAUAAAUUUGAAUGAUUUCUGAAGGAUCAUGUGACACUGAAGACUGCAGUGAUGGCUGAUAAAAUUUUACAGUAUAUUAAAAUAGAAAACCAUUAUUUUAAAUUGUGUUUUUUUUCUGUAUUUCUGCUCAAAUAAAUGCAUCCUUGAUGAGCAGAAGAAAUAACAUUAAAAUCUUACUGACCUCAAACCUUUGAAUGACAGUGUACAUGGUACCAGAUUCAGUCAAACCAGUCAUGUCUAUUGAAUAUUUAUGGCUAUGUAAGAUAUUUUUCUCACAUUUAUCUUAUGCAUCUUAUUUGUCUUAUUUAAGUCUCUUGUGCAGAAACUAGAAACUUUUUUAUCCUUGUGAAAAACGAGCACGUUCGCCCUCUUGUGUCCAGAAUUCUGCAUUGCUCUGAACUCCUUGUCUGGACUUAUUUGUCCGUGGAUUUACAUAACUUGUUCAGAGAAGCAAAUAUGCUUGUUAAUGUUACAUUAAAGUUCGUAUUUUAAAAUAUCUAUCUUAUACUAUUUUACUAUAUAACUUAAAACGGUGUGACUACCUAGAAAUAUAUAUGCUAUUCAUAAAAAUUAGAUAUAAAUAUAUAAUAACAUUUUAGAAAAUAUGCAGAGUAGCAAAACAAAUUUGUAACAUCAAACGAAAAUGUCAUAGCACAGCUGUUCACGUGUAAGCGUUUGACGUUUGAGAACAUGACGUCUUCUCUUCUCAUAACUAUCUUCAAUAAAUCUGAAUCUGACAAUCGCCACACCAGGCCUAAUAAGGUGCUAAUCGUGUCUUUCAUGUCAAAACAUUUGAUGUUAGAACCAAACUGCGGCAGGAUGUAAGGAACGUCGAACAGGAAGUUCACAUUCAAUUAUUAAUUUCUGUUGCGCAUGAGAGUUUGUUUAAACAAUAAACAUUUUAAGCGUUUAAAUUAAAACGAGCGAUUUUCAUAAAUGAUCUGCAUUAUGAUCCUAAUCGCUGACAGAAAGAACGCAGCAAUAUUUACAGUCGUUACCUUUAUGAUGUCGCUAUCGAAUUGUUUGUUGUUUUAUCAAACCGAGGCGGGAUCCUUUUGAAUAGAGCUGUCUUUCGUAUGUAGUAGAGAGGUGUUAAUUAGCGCAUGUUUUGUUGAUUGGCGUGUACCUGCAUCCUUUGAUUAAGGGAUAUACUACCCGUGAGAAUUAGAUGGUACUUAUAUUGACAAAGGGCCUCAAAAUAAUCGACAAGGGAAGGACAGAAGACUGACAGAAAUCACACAAGGAUCCAGGACUUAAGUUUACUCACGCAUGGAUCAUGUGUAUUGUACAAAAUGAGCCAAGCAGGGCCCUAGACUGAGGAUUGUUGCCAAUUAAUUUCACUAACAUCACUCUGUUAAAAAUAGUUUUACAUAAAAAUAUCCAGAAUUUGCAUUACGUAUAUUAAUUUUAUGUGAGUUUAUUUGUUUACAUUUCAAACUAAUGAUCCAACAAACAAUUUUUAAACUAUUCAGACAAACAUGCCUGAGUGUAGUUAUAGUUUUCCAGAUUUAUUUAUUUAUUAUUCAAAUAUUGAAUUUUUAUUUUUUGCAAAUAUAUACAACUUAAUCAUCUCUUGUAGCAGAUAUGGUAAUAUUUAUCUGGGCUCAAACAGUGAGCUCUUUUGUCUGAUUCUGCAUUUGUAUUGCAUUAAUUUGCCUCCAUCUCCAGCCAGUCAUUUGUCAUCUGUUCUUCCUGUGAGCUCCUUUAGUCUGUCUGACAUCUUAGAGCAAAUAGGGGGGCCAAUACACAUACUCAGACACUGGGCCCUCAGUGCCACUAGCCCCUCUUCUAAUGUUAGUGUGACCAAACAAGGCAUGGCAAAUCUGGCAAUGGAAUCAGAUAAUCACCAACCUGUGAAGAGCCUCCCAAUCCACAUCCAUAGCGCAGCCCUGGAUUAAACAGUCUGUUUGCCUAAUAAUUUUAAUCUGUGCAUCAAGCAGUAGGAUGGUGGUCUUCCAAUAAACAUCUAAUCCCUCAGCCCACCCAAUGAUGAUGAGGACGAUCAACAGAAAGGUGCUUAGAAGGACCGAAAACUCUGUACUGGCAGACUCUUGCCAGACUAGGAAUGUUUUACAAUGUCCAGGGGAAUGUACACAUGAGGAACAAGGGUGCUACAUCAACGUGCACAUGCAAACUGGAAAGGAGAGUGCGUUCUAGGUUCACUAUGUCUGGAAGGUCAUCGGUAAAUCCACAAAACAAGAACAUCAUGUGUAAGCAAUAAAGAUAACAUUAAAUUCACCACCCCUUUGUCAAAGUGCGAACAACUGGGGGUCUCAUAGGCGCAUAUAAGGACGGUCCGCUGUCAAAGCACAGUCGUCUCAGCUCGAGAACAACAGCACAGAGUCAGAACCUCUCCAGCAGCUUCACUUGGAAAGAUGUCCUCAAUCCGUGCAGCGUGCCUGCUUUGCGCAGCACUUUUCGCAGUGGUGAGGGGUUUCACCCACGAAGACAUGAAAGACGCUCUGCUGAAGAAACUGGGACUUAAUGAAGUUCCGAAAAUUCACAAGAGGGAUCUGGAGAACCUUGUGAUUCCAGCGCACAUUAAGAACAAAUAUAUUUCCAUGCUGAAACUGCACCACGCAAGAAAACGCCGCUCGCUUCCAAGUUUAGCCGGCAUACUCAGGGGAAUCCCUGGCAAUGCAGACAUCUCUGGUGAGUUUGUAUAUUCUGACACUACACGUCAACGUGUGGUGUUUGAGAUGACAUCAAGGAUUCCUGAGAACAGUGAAGUGACCAUGGCAGAACUAAAACUGUUCAAGAAAGCCCCACACAAGCGUUCCAUACCAGAGAGAAAGGGCCACAGACCCGUCAACAACGCCCGGGUGAGCAUCUACUGGGUGGAACCUCUGGAGGACGGGUCAAACCGAACUUCACUAGUGGAUUCCAGGUUGAUUCCCAUUCACGAAACCGGCUGGAAGAGCUUUGAUGUCACCCAGGCGGUGCAAUAUUGGUCAAAGAGCCGAAUGGAGAUGCCCAUGCACCUUGAGGUGUGGAUCGAGGGCGAAAGACCCGGCAGUUACGCGGCAGAAAUGGCCAAGUCUGUCCGCUUCACAACUCAAGAUCCAAACGACAACACUCUGGGAAAACCUGAGCUUGUUCUUUACACCCUGAACCUCGAAGAGUUCGGGUCUAGUGGAGACUGUGAAACCAACAAAGACAGUGAAAUGUGCUGCAGGGAAAAAUAUUUCAUCAAUUUCCGAGCCUUGACUUGGACCCAGUACUGGAUCAUCGAACCCUCCGGGUACCAGGCGUUCCGGUGCAACGGCGGCUGCCGGCAGCCCAAACGCAACUACGGUUACGGAGAGAGGAAGUGCGCGGUUGUGGAAAGCGCACCGCUACCGAUGAUGUAUUUAGUGAAAAAGGGAGAUUAUACUGAAAUUGAGGUCGCUGAAUUCCCAAAUAUGAUUGUAGAAAAAUGUGGAUGCGCAAUGGAUAAUAUUUCAGUUGUAUGAAUAUGCCAUUUGCCAUCGACAACGUGACACAAUGUACUUAAAAGCUUAUUGAGGUACCUCAAGCACUUCGUAUAAAUUUGUAAAUAUUGCUAAAUUGAUAUGCAUUUAUUUUUGCAUUUGUAUGCCGUAUGAAAUAACUGAUUUGUAGAUGUUAUAUUUUGAGCAGUAAA